ACCAAUCAGAUACAUAACAUAAUAAUGAAUACAUCAACAUCAUCAUCAUCAUUGAAUGUAGAGUUGGAAAGGCCAACACAACGAGAUUGUUAUCUAAGUGUAAAGGUGUUUGAGGCUAGAUCACUACCAGAUGGAAGACUUAGGAAGAAGGACAGUAGUGCCAGAAGUGGCAAAUCAUUCAAACUAGCACAUAACAUAUUGAGCGAACUAUCAUCGCCCAACCUGAUGAACUUCUCGGACACCACAGAUCCAUACUGCAUCGUCCACAUUGGCAAAGAUGGACAACGUACUCGAACCAUACCCAAGAAGCUCAAUCCAUUCUGGUGUGAAGAGUUCCAUUUGGAGGUGAUGGAUCCAGACAUUGAUAAAUUGUUGAUAUCAGUUAUGGAUGAGAAGAAGUAUAGUAAUGAUGAGAAGAUAGGUAGGAUAGUUAUACCUAUCAAUACAUUGAUCGAUCAGAAGGAAAGAGAAUUAUGGUAUCCUAUUCAACCUCCGACUGGAUCAAAGAAGUUGCCACAAGUUCAACUCAACCUUACACUCAAACAAGUUACAAUCCAUGAUGCAGCGAUGCCUGGAUAUCUAAGUUGGAAAGGUAUGUGGCCUCCCCAUCCAUAUCCCUCAUACCCAUCAUUCGAUCACUCACUCACCCGAUCAAUCAAUCAAAUAGCAAUAUGUACAAAUCAUAUUAGAGGAGAGAUUGGAAGUGGAUUAUUCAUUAAUUGGAAUGUCCGCUCAAAGAAGGGAGAUAUUGUGAUUGAGCAGAUUGACUUGCCUUGGGAUAGUGUGGCCAAAGAUGGUGUGCGAGUGGAACUGAAAGAGGCGAUAGACACAAUCAAUGUGUUAUUAUGGAGGAUGGAAUCAAAGCAAGAUCAACAAGUUGGAAGCAGCAGUGGUAGCAGUAGCAGUAGUAGUAGCAGCAGUAGUACAGUACCACCACCAGUUAUUCCAACACGUAGUAGAUCUGGCACAUUCAUAACGGACCAUUUCACACCUUCUGGACAGGCCAAGGCAAGAUCAGUAUCCAACUCAUCUCUGUCAUACUCCCCACAGCACGGCCAUGGCCAUGUUAACGACCAUGAUAGUGGAGGUGCCAACAUAGAGGAGCCAGUACUAAUUGGUGUUGGUACAAUAUCUGCUGCAUACCUUGAUAUUGACAAACCAAAUGAUCUUUGGGUCACACUGUAUCCAAGAUUGUCAACGGAGAAUAAGUUGGGCGAUGUGCGACUAAAGCUCAAGUACUCUGAAGAGGUGGUCCUCCCACUCCAAUCAUACAUGCCAUUGCUUCGCCUGCUUCAGAAUGAGCGAUUGACACUGGUACACAUACUUAGCAACACGAGUAGCAAUAGAGAGCAGCUGGCCAGCAUCCUGAUAAGAGUGUUUGAGAAGAGUGAUCGAUGUGUCUCAUUGAUCACCAGUCUGACCGACAAGGAGAUAGAGAUAACGGACAACCCAGACAUUAUAUUCCGCGGCAACUCAUUGGCUACCAAGAGUCUGGACCUGUACAUGAAGCUCAUUGGCCUCAAGUAUCUUGCUGGCACGGUUGGCCCGCUCGUCAAGAAGAUUGUAAAGGCCAACAAAUCAUGUGAGAUCGACCCCACCAAGAUGGCCAAAGGCGAGGACGUCAAGAAGAAUGGCAAGACACUACUCAAGUAUGUUCGCGAGAUGUCCAGGGCAAUAUUCGCGUCGAUCGAUCGUUGUCCAAAGCCAAUGCGUCAGAUAUUCAGUGCGAUCCAAAGCAAAGUGCGACUGCGCUAUCCCUCAGAUGAGAUCACCAAGUACACUGCGGUGGGAGGCUUCAUAUUCCUGCGUCUGAUGUGCCCGGCCAUCAUGGCGCCCAAGCUAUUCGGUCUGACACUCGAUCAUCCCAACAUCAAGACCACUCGAACACUCAUACUCGUUGCCAAGUCAUUGCAGAACCUUGCCAAUCUCGUGGAGUUUAGUGAUUACAAAGAAGACUUUAUGAAGGAUAUGAACUUGUUUGUGGCCGACAACAUUGGCACGAUGAAGACCUUCAUCAACACACUGUCCACGGUACCAGUUGACAACUGUCCGCCAGGCGAGCUGGCCAGUCCCAUCGUGCUGGAGAAGGAGUUGGCCAGUCUCCACCGUCUUCUGGCCAAGCACCAAGAUGAGAUGCGCGCCGCCUGUCAUCAGACCUCCACCGAAGAGGUCGAGUCCCUUAUGAUACUAGACAAAGUGUUAAAGAUCCUUGAUGAGGAGAUAUCAGAGCUU